AUGAGUGAUUUGAAUAAGCUAGUACAGCAGUUCCAAUUUGAACGAUUGUUGAAAUCAGAUACUCAAUCGAAGACGGUUGCUAUUCUUGGACGUAUCCUUGAUGAGCGCGCCAUCCUCAUUAUUGAAAAAUCUGUGUUCAAUGUUGACUCAAUAAAUUCAAGCAAUGGCAUUUCACAUUUGAUAGACACUGUAUCAACCAUCAAUUCGAAUGAUGUUUACAAUUGGGGUAAGGCGUUACUAAAUCAGGACUUGCAGCAAUUACCAGCAGCCAAAGUCAACUUAAUCUACCCCGCUACCGAAACUCAUAUAAGGAAAUACGACAAUCAAGGGUUACAUUAUGUGAGAGAGACUCCAGAAAUGUAUCAAAAGUAUGUGAUACCAUACAUGGAAAAAAUGAAAGGUGACAGACUCCAGUGGGUUUACAACAUUCUAUUCCACGGCAAGGAGCUGGAGUCAGUCAUCUAUCACGACCAUAGUGAUGAGGGGUUUGUUUUAUUACCAGACAUGAAGUGGGAUAAGGUCAAUUUGGAAAAUUUGUACUUGUGUUGCAUUGUCAACAAGAAAGAUAUAUCAUCAUUGCGAGACUUGAAUGGAUCUCACAUAAAUUGGUUGAAAAGGAUCCAAGACAAAGUUAAGUCUGUUGCAUUUGAAACUUACGAUAUUGCCCAAGAUCAAUUGAAAGUGUUUGUGCACUACCAUCCAAGCUAUUACCAUUUCCAUUUGCACAUUGUCAAUGUUCACCAUCCUGGUUUGGGUGAUGGAAUUGCUAUUGGGAAGGCAGUCUUGUUGGAUGACAUCAUCGAUAAUUUGGUCCUUGCUUAUGAUUACUAUGAGAAAAAGACAAUUGGAUUCGUUUUGGGUGAAAAUCAUGGUUUAUGGCAAAUUGAGGGGUAUAGAAGAGAACACGAGAGUAAAUGA